AAAGGCGCAUGCGCAGUCCUCUGUUCCAUUCUGUACAGCUGUAGGAGAAAAUGGCAGCACACAUGCUAGGACAGCAGGCCCGCCAGUUCAGCACGUCUGUGAUUAGACCUGUAUCAAAACUGGUCAAGCCUCCCAUCCAGGUGUAUGGAGUGGAGGGCCGCUAUGCCACUGCUCUGUUCUCAGCUGCCAGUAAGCAGAACAAACUGGACCAAGUGGAGCAAGAGCUGGGAAAAGUGUCUACCAUGAUCAAGGACCCCAAGAUUUCCAGUAUUGUAAUGAAUCCUCAUGUAAAGCGCAACAUGAAGCAGAAAGCAUUGGGUGAUGCUCUUACUAAGGCCAAGGCUCUACCCAUCACCAUCAAUUUCAUCAAUGUGUUGGCUGACAAUGGUCGUCUCCCUCUCACUGGUGAUGUCAUCACUGCUUUUGGCAAGAUGAUGAGUGCUCACCGUGGAGAGGUCAUCUGCUCAGUCACUACUGCUCAGCCUUUGGAUGCAGCUAGUCUUGCUGAACUGAAAGUAGCUCUUAAGGGAUUUCUGCAGAAAGGUGAAACCAUCCAGCUGGACACAAAGUCGGAUCCUUCAAUCCUGGGUGGCAUGAUUGUCAGCAUCGGAGACAAGUAUGUGGACAUGUCCACCAAAACAAAGAUUCAGAAGCUGACCAAGCUCAUCAAGGAGACUUAAGUCCUGUGGACUCAAUUUUGCCGAGGAUCAGAGACGACGGUGGGGGAAAUGCUGAUAAAUGUAUAUUGCUACCUGUUUUAGCACUGCAGUUGCUCCAUAAAUCCAAGUGUCUGUGCUUAUUCAUGUUAAUAAAAUCUACAAAAUCUGA